CGCAGCCAGUAACCCCACGUGUUUUGUUUGUAAACACGCGCUGAAUUUCCUCCCCAGAGAAAAACACCGUGAAAAUUGUGAGAAAAUGUCUGGGAGUGUGAUUUUCCGCCGAAAUCGUGCCCUUGGCUAUGUGACAAAUCAUAUUCCGGCCACAGUUAAGUACAUGAGAAAGAGAAAAACCAAUAUUGUUGUCACUUGCAUCGGACGUUCCCUUCAUGCGUAUGAGUGCAAGCAUUUCCGGUUGAUUUCUGUGGGCAGGAUUCAUCCAGAAGACAUCACGUGCAUCGCCUCGGACAACAGGUAUGUCUAUUCAGCCAGUGCUAGGAAAAUCUUUGCAUGGCGAGCGGGAAAUCAGCUGCAUCACAGCUAUGAAGGGCAUGGUGGAAAUGUUGUGCUUCUGCUGCCCUUUGGGCAGCAUCUGGUGGCCGUGGAUGAGGAGAGUGUGGUCAAAGUGUGGGAUAUUGAGGCAGAGAGUGUAUAUUUAGAUAUUCCCUUUGCCAUGGACUCAUUUAAAAUCACCGCAAUCGCCCAUCCGGCCACUUACAUCAACAAAAUGCUCCUGGGCAGUGAAGAGGGACUCAUUCAGCUGUGGAAUAUCAAGAAUGGGAAGUUGAUACACACCUUCCAGCCACUGGACAGUCGAAUUGUGGUUCUGGAACAAGCUCCGGCUGUUGAUGUUGUGGCAGUGGGACUCCAGAAUGGAGCAGUGAAGUUGCUGAAUUUGAAAUUUGACGAGAUUCUGAUGGAAUUUCGUCAGGAUUGGGGUCCAGUUACGGGGAUUUCUUUCCGGACAGAUGGUCAUCCCAUCAUGAUAACGUCCAGUACGAAUGGGGAGGUGGUAUCGUGGGAUCUGGAGAAGCGUAAGAUUGUCAAUCAAUUGACAGCUCACGCGCAAUCAGUGACGACACUGUAUUGCCUUCCCAGUGAGCCAUUGUUCAUCUCCACUUCCCCAGACAAUUCCCUGAAGAUGUGGAUUUUCGAUAUGCCUGACGGAGGAGCCCGAUUGCUGCGUUUCCGGGAGGGACAUGCAGCUCCUCCGCUUUGUGUUCGUUUUCACGGUGCCAAAGGUGGCAAUAUUUUGUCAGCCGGGGAGGAUUCGUCUCUUCGUGUCUUCAACAGCAUCACCGAGAAGAUCAAUAGAUCCCUGGGCAGAGCCAGUUACAACAGAAAAGCCGCAAAAAGAAAUCGAAAGUACGAGGAUGUCCAUCUCAUGGCGCCAAUUGUCCAGUUCACUAGCGAGACAACGAGGGAGAAGGAAUGGGACAACAUUGCAGCCAUUCAUUCAGGAUUGGAUCUCGUGACUACGUGGUCGUUUCACAACAGCAAAAUGGGCGACCUGAAGUUGAGGCCACAGGCUACGGAUGAGAAGCACCGGCAGCGACUCCUCCAGGUCGAGGCCACCUGCAUCUGUCUCACCAAUUGCGGCAACUUCCUGGUCGUGGGCUACACUUCAGGCGACGUUCAGCGCUUCAAUGUGCAAUCAGGGCUCCAUCGGGCAACUUACGGGGCUCCUGCGCAUGACAACGCCGUCCGGGGAGUUGCUGUGGAUGCUCUCAAUCAAUACGUCAUCUCUGGGGGCACCGAUGGAACCGUAAAGUUCUGGAAUUUCAAGUCCAACGUAAAAACAUCAAUUGGACGUAUUCGUAUGGAAGAUGGUCUUACGAUGUUCAGAGCUCAUCGUGAGAGUGGAAUGCUAUGUAUUCCUCUUGAGAACUUCACACUGAAUGUCCUGGAUUGCGAUACGAAAGUUGUGGUGAGGAAAUUUGUUGGCCAUCGAGCUCCAAUUACCGAUUGCUGCUUCAGUCCGGACAGUCGAUGGUUGAUUUCAGCUUCGCUGGAUGCUACCAUCAAAGUCUGGGACAUUCCUUCGGCCUACCUUAUUGAUCAUUUCAAAUUGGAUGUGGCUUGUGUCUCUCUGACCAUGUCACCAACGGGAGAUUUCCUGGCUACAGCGCACAUUGAUCAAUUGGGUGUUUAUUUGUGGGCCAAUAAAACUCUCUUUGAUCACAUUUCCCUACGAGCACUCAAUCCCACUUCUGAAGCGCCCCUUGUGGACCUUCCAGCGUCUGUAGAGGGCAUCGAUGUGGCCCAGUUAGAUGAGGAAUUUGCCAAGGGAUUGGAUCUAGGGGAAGAAAUUGCGACAAAAUACGAAAGUCCUGAACAAUUGGAUGCUGGAUUGAUUACAAUGUCUGCUGCUACGAGUAGUCGCUGGCAGAAUAUUUUUCACCUGGAUUUACUGAAGAAGCGCUCAAGGCCUCGGAAUCCAGUUGUAACGGAGAAGAAUGCUCCAUUUUUCCUGCCAACAAUUCCUGGAAUUGAGUUCAAAUUCGACCUCAGUGGAGACGGGAAGGCACAGGAAGGGUCUAAGGUGAUAAUUCCCAAGGAUUUUAGCAAUUUCACGGCUUUUGGGCAGAUUCUCAAUGAAACAAUUGGCAGUGGAGAUGUCCAACCGGCUAUUGAUCACAUUAUCAAGCUGGGUCCUUCGAUGGUUAACUUCGAGAUAAAAUCCCUGGCUCCAGAUGCAGCAGGAUCCAUUGAAUUGAUGGAACAAUUCCUAGUGAUGAUUCUGGACAUGCUAAAGUCAAAUGUCAAUUUUGAAUUGGCCCAAACCUACCUGGCAGUCUUCCUGCGCGAGCACGCGGACACAGUGACCACGUCAGAGGCGCUCCGGGCCAUGCUGGAGCCCCUGGAAAAGGCGCAGGAACGCGGCUGGAAAAAGCUGGAAGAGAAACUUCUGUACGGUUUGGGAGUUGUUGGAAUGCUAAGAAAUUACGCAUCUCUUUAGGAAAAAUAAUUUUAAGAGGAAAUAUUUGCAAAAAGGAAAAUAAAGUUGUACAGGAAAAUGA